AUGCCGGAAAAUCUAUUUCCGGGGGUUUCUUUUAGAAGUGAGAGGGACGGUCUUUACUUCUCAUCCUUACAGAACAACGAGUCGCCCCAUAUCAUCGAGAUAUUCAGCGGCUCUGUCUGGAAGAGAGUCAUUUUACCAGCUUGUCACGAGGAAUCAUUUGUACAGGAUGCCGUUGUGGCCAUCGCGGCACUAAGCGUAUCGAAACUGGAAUUGACACUCCAGAAGACGGAAAUUGAUCAUUCUACAGCUGACUCCAAGCACUACGAGUUCGCUCUCCGUCGUUAUGGCCAAGCGAUAAGUACCAUGCGAUCAGCAUUGGCAACAGAAUCAAAUCCGAGGAAGGCCCUUAUUGGAUGUCUUCUAGUGUCUUGCUUUGAGCAUGUUCAAGGCCAGCGCCAACAAGCUCUUGUACAUGCUGCCAGCGGAUUCAAAAUGAUGAAGUCGUGGAUGGUGAACAAUUCUUACUCUUUUGUGAAGAUUGGAGCUCGAUGCCAAAAUGCGAUCGACGAUGACCUUAUCGACACUAUUUCCCUGCUUUAUCUACAAGCUCUUCUCGCUUUCCCCGGCAUUAGAUCAUUGAUAUCAUUUCAGGCAGAAAUGGAUGCAUGUCAGAAUAUCGCCUCUACGAUGCCAUCUAGAUUCUCAGGUGUCAUCGAGGCAUCAAGGUAUUGGGUGGCUCUGAUGUCCCCUUUUGUACAGUUUAUUGAGAUGGCUACAGCCAGUGCCAACUGUAUGAAUCUACCUAGCCGAGAUGAUUUCUGGAAAAUAAAUGGGUAUACCGAAAGACUAGGUGGAGAACUUGCUGACUCUUUACAAACUCCCCCACUUUCAGUCCCAAUAUCGGAAGAUAUUCAGACUUACUAUGCAAUGUACUCGACUUGGAUGAAAAAAUGGCAAAACGCAUUACGAGAACUUCGUCUCAACCCUGGUCACGAAUCAGAAGGAGACAAAGUCAGGCAUCAGAAACUUCAGCUCUUGGCGGAGGUCGCUCAAAUAUUCCUCCAGUACCUGGUCACCACGGAUGAGUGGGCUUUUGACCAACUUGAAGACCAGUUUCGUGCCAUCCUGGCGCAUACUAAGGCACUACUGAGAAAACCUCUACCCUUUGUUGCAGUGAAAGAGGAAUACAAAGUCGCAAUCGAAGUUGGCUUUCUCCCUGGACUUUAUAUGGUGUGCAGAUUUUGUCGCAACCCUGAAAUACGACGGGACGCAAUUGCUCUGUGUUCCAAGACGCAUGGCUUCAAUGACUGGGAUGUACCGUUGGUGACGAAGAUUGCCACCUGGCUCAUAGAAAUGGAGGGGGAAGGGGAUUGUGACAUUGAAAAUUGCCGUACUCCACAGCGAGUAAGAGUCAGGGUUGCGAAGAUCUUUGUGAAUCCAGUUGAGAAGUCUGCUUACUUGCUUUAUACGAAGAGGGUAAAGGGUGACCCAGAAGAGAUGACGAUUGGCGAAGCUACAAUAAAGUUGUAG